AUGGAGAGUGUCUUCCACGAUUACUAUUAUAGGAUUCAGCUAGAGGUCACCAUCAGUGACCUCGCUACCCUCAAGCAGAGUGAAGAUGAACCUGCCCAAGACUUUAUAACCAGGUUCAGGAAACUCAAAAUGAAGUGCCGAAUCCCCAUGGAAGAAACACACUUCAUCCAAAUGGCUCAGGCUGCCCUCAAAAUCUCUCUGAGAAAAAGAUUUGAUGGAAUGCUGUUUGGAGACCUGGCAGAACUGGCAGAUAAAGCAUCCAAGUACGAGGAGCUGCUCAGGGAGGAACAGCAGAAGAGAAACUCUUCCAAAGGCACAUGUUACAAGUCCCCCUCUUCUUCAAUACAUAUGAUUGAAGUAGAGUCAGAAGAAGACACAGAAGGCUCGGAGGAGAGAGAGAUUGUCGUGGCAGAAAUGGCAAAAUUAAAGCACCCCAUCAGUUGUAAGGCUCUUACAAAGCCUCCAAGAGAUCAGAAGCCGCCACCAUUCACAUGA